GGAUGAUGCAAUCUCAGGCCACAAGAGGAAUGAACGCAUGUGACAGGAACUGCAGGGAAAGUCUCAAGAUGAGCUCAGGGGAAAAAAAAUGUAAGUAAAAUAAAACAAAAGCAGAAAACAUGAAGGUCACUUUGGGGGUCAGCGUUUGAAUUCAAAAUGGCAGCAAAAAAAAAAAAAAAGAAGGCAGAACAAAACUUGCUGAGUGAAAGUUGAAUUGUUUUACAUUUUGAAUAAAGUCUGGAGCAAAAGUUGAAGUUGAUGCAGUUCGGGAUCAAAUUAAAGGUCUCUCUCUCUCUCUCUCUCUUGACAUUUAAAAGAUAAUCUUUUUCUUUUCUUUUUUGUUGUUGUUGUAACAUUUCGAAAUGAAGUUGAGACGUUGACAUUCGACUGGCGUUUUCCUGAGAAGCAAAGUCCAGAAAGUGGUGAAAAGCACAAAAGCAGCACGACUGCUGGCCUCCGUGCGAUGGUGGUCUUUGAAAAACCAAACUCUGUUUCGGCCUGUGGUCUCCGUCUACAUGAGAAUCCAUCCCCAGGAUCCGGACCGAAUGCGAUUUCUGGAGCUGUCUGGAGCAGAUGGAACUCGUGAAGUUCUUCCCAGCACAGCAGCGACGGCUUCUGCACUCACCGCACACCAACUUAGUUCCCCCACAGCCUUCAGGUAAAACCGAGCAGUGUAACGGUUAAGCGCGCGCGCGCGCGCGCCCCCCGCCCUCCUCGCAGGGGCGGACCAGAACCAACCCCAUCCACCCCCAUCUUCGCGGGUUCAAGUUCCCCAGUCGGAGCCCACGCGCACGGCCAAGGAUGGCUGCGGCCGAGGCGUCGGAUCGAGUCGGCGACUGCGAGUUCCCGGACGUCGUGGAGCUGAACGUGGGCGGCCAGGUGUACGUGACCCGGCUCCAGACUCUGGUGGCGGUGCCGGACUCGCUCCUGUGGCGCAUGUUCAGCCGCCGCACGCCCGCCGAGCUGGCCCGGGACGGCAAGGGCCGCUUCUUCCUGGACCGGGACGGCUUCCUGUUCCGCUACGUGCUGGACUAUCUGCGCGACCUGACCCUGGUGCUGCCGGACCGCUUCCCGGAGAGGAGCCGCCUGCGCAGGGAGGCCGACUUCUUCCAGCUGCGGGAGCUGGCCGAGCGGCUGCGUCCCCCCGUGGGGAGCGACGAGGCCCCCGGCGGCGGCGGCCCCGACGACGACCAGCCUCCGGGCGCCGACUCCCGGAGGUCGGGCUACAUCACCGUGGGCUACCGGGGCUCGUACACCAUGGGCCGGGACGUGCAGACCGACGCCAAAUUCCGCAGGGUGGCGCGCAUCACCGUGUGCGGCAAGACCGCCCUGGCCAAGGAGGUGUUCGGGGACACGCUGAACGAGAGCCGCGACCCGGACCGCCCGCCCGAGAGGUACACGUCGCGCUACUACCUCAAGUACAACUUCCUGGAGCAGGCCUUCGACAAGCUGGGCGAGGUGGGCUUCCGCAUGGUGGCCUGCAGCUCGGCGGGCACCUGCGCCUACGCCAGCAACGACCCGGGCGAGGACAAAAUCUGGACCAGUUACACCGAGUACGUCUUCUGCCGAGGCCAGUAGCCCCCCGCCGCCGCCUUCCGCGAGUCCCCCUUGCGAUGCGAAUUUCCUCUGACCGCCUCAGAUUUGGACGUUGGACCGCUGGAAAAACUCCAACAUGCAGAAAGGGGCGGUCGGGGUCUUUCCCGAUCUUGAUCCGCAUAUUUUACACACGCGCACAACUAAACAUAAAGAAAACAUUUGACAAAUUAUUAUUAUUAUUACUAUUUUGCAUCCGCUCCUAACGGAGAACUCACCUAGUUGCUGUAAUUUUUUUUUUUUUUUGGGGGGGGGGUUCAUCAGUUCAAGUGAGUUCAAAAGUAUACAAAAGCUGUUCAUCCGUUUAUCAUAUCAUCACAAUUUUAUUUUUUCAAAUGAGUCAGACUGCACGAUAGGAACAAGACUUGCUGUAACUCACCAACAAAGUGGCAAAAUUGUGUACGCUACAAAUAAAAUUCUGAUACUAUUGGUGUCGUUUUUUUUUUUUUUGUUUGUUUGUUUUUUGCGUUCUUGCCAUCGUCUUCUUUGUUUCCGAUGAUUUCCAUGUUGUAAUCCGCCACGGCAACCGGUGACAAUAUUUAGACCGUGACCAUUUUGACACCAGCGCACCCGAGGCUCUGCCGGUAUAUAGGUCUGUGUCCAUUUUCCAAGCAGCUUAUCCUCACAAGGGUCGCAGAAGUGCUGGAGCCCAUCCCAUCCUAAGAUUGGGCGAAAGAAGGCAGUCUCGACCCUGAAUUGGUCGCCAGUCAGUCGCAGGGCACGUAUCCACACCGUGGCUGAGCGGGAAUCGAUCCCAGGCAUGCGUUGUCUUAGCCGCUUAUCCUCACGAGGGUCGCGGGAGCGCUGGAGCCUAUCCCAGCUAUCAACGGGCAGGAGGCGGGGCACACCCUAAGAUGGUCGCCAGCCAGGGCACAUAGAGACAAACAGCUGCACCCACAAUCAGACCUAGGGGCAAUUUAGAGUGUCCAAUUAAUGACAUUUUGGGAUGUGGGAGGAAAUCGGAGUACCCUGAGAAAACCCACACAGGCACAGGGAGAACAUGCAAACACCCCACAGGGGGGACCGGGAUCAAACCUCGGAACCCUUUACCAGCUGAUCCGCCGUGCUGCCUCUAUAUAUAUGUCCCAUCCAUC